AUGCCCUAUUCUCUGAAGGGUCGGAAUGUUCUGAUCACCGGCGGCUCUCGAGGCUUGGGAGCCCUUGUUGCUAACAAGUUUGCCGCCGAGGGGAGCAACGUCGCCAUCAACUACGUGUCAAACAAGGAGACAGCCGAUCAAGUUGCCUCGGAUAUCGCAAGCAAGUACGGAGUCAAGACUAUUGUUGUCCAGGGUGAUGCCGGAAGCCAGGCCGAAUGCACCAAUGCCGUCAAGACGACUAUUGAACAACUGGGCGGCUUGGAUGUCGUGAUCUCAAACGCUGGAUGGACCAAGAUGGUCAACUUUGCCGAUCUGGACGCAAUGGACGACGCAGACUGGGACAAGUGCUGGAAUGUCAAUGUUAAGAGCAGUUUCUAUCUUUUCAAAGCUGCGUUGCCGACAUUCAAUGCUAACCCUGAGGGCGGGGCCUUCAUCAUCACUUCGUCAACUGCUGGUGUCACCCCCAGUGGCAGCAGCUUGCCAUAUGCCGUCACCAAGGGAGCAGUGAUCCACCUCAUGAAAUGUCUCGCUCAGACUCAAGGACCCAAGGUCCGAGUCAAUGCCGUGCUUCCCGGUCUUCUACUGACUGAAUGGGGCCAGCGGUUCUCUUCCGAUAAGAUUGAGGGAUGGAAGGGAAGGACAGCUCUUAAGCGGCUGCCUGAGGUCGAGGAUACUGCGGAUCUCUACAUUGCCACAGCAAAGAACUCUUCCAUGACGGGGCAGGCCGUCCAGAUCGAUUCCGGAUUCACUUUUAAAUAG